AUGCCUUUCACGGAAGAGGAGUUAAUUAAUGAGGGCAAGAUGACUUACGGUCCAAAAACCGAUAAGUCAUCAAUCAACAGCAAAUUUGUUGAUAAUAAACGACCAGCUCCUUCAAUGAAUUUCGUCUCAAAAGGCAAUGUUGAUCCUAACCAGUCGUCUGCAUGUGCAGAAAAGGUUGACUUGAAAUGUGAAGAUACUCUUGGGGGAGAACAAGUUUUAAAUUCUGAUUUACAAAAACCUUGUUUUGAUGAAAAUAAUCCUGAUGUUAUUUUGGGACAAAAUAUUUUUAGCAUGUUUCUUUCUUUAGCUUCUAAUGGGCCUGAUGUUUUGGGCAAGACUGAUGAUGGUUGUGUUGAAACUGUGAACAUUAAUUCUGGUGAUGAAUUUUCUUCAGUUAAUAAUUGUAAAUGUGAUGGUUCUAAUCUGUCAGAUGAUAGUGUUGCAGAAUCUGGUAGAAUCAUAUUGAAGGGAACAGUGAAAAACGGUGUUUUAAGUUUCGAAAAUGUGAAUUACGUUCCUGAACUGAAACACAAUUUGUUGAGCAUUUCACAAAUUUGUGAUCGAGGAAAUUCAGUGCAUUUUACAAAGAAAGGAUGUUAUGUUUUGAAGCCGGGGAUUGUCAUUCCUGAAGAUUGGUUUUUAAUGACUGCUGAGAGAAGAGGAAACGCUUACGUCAUCGAUAUGAACAAGAAGCCGUGUGAAGAGAUCACUUGUUUGUUUUCAAAGAUAUCAGAACAUGAUGGUUUAUUGUGGCAUCGCCGUCUCGGACAUGUGAAUAUGAAAAAUUUGAAUCGUCUUGCCAAAGGUCAGCUGGUACGUGAUCUGCCAAUCAAGGACUUUAUGUUGGUAGAGAAAUGUGUUGCCUGUGCUAAAGGCAAAGCUCAUCGGAAGUCACACAAAUCCAAGCCAGCACCCUCUUCCAAAGCUGUACUUGAAUUACUUCAUAUGGAUUUAUUUGGGCCCGUGAAUGUUUUAAGUAUUGACAAGAAGGCGUAUUGUCUCGUGAUAGUCGAUGACUACUCACGGUAUACCUGGGUGUACUUUCUAAGUCACAAGAGUGAGGCUGCAGUUUUGAUGAAACAAUUUAUCACCUUGGUGGAAAAUCAAGCUAAGAAGGGAAUUGAUCAGCAGUACAGUGCUCCUCGAACUCCACAACAAAACAGUGUUGCUGAAAGGCAAAAUCGUACUCUUAUAGAGGCUUCGCGUACUAUGCUGGCUGACUCCAAGCUUCCUAGUUUCUUCUGGGCUGAAGCUGUUAGCACGGCCUGUGCAGGUAUGUCAACACCGCAUCAACCGUUGUCAUUUGGUGACUCUGAGGAAGAGGAACAAGCUGAAAAGGGAUCAAAAGGUCACACCAUUGAUCCCCCCGGACUGGUUUUUACUCCUCAUUCUUUGCCUCAGCAGAUGUCCCAUCGCUCCCCUGAAGGUGCUUCAACGAGUGGUGCUGCACCCAGUGUUUCAGGAUCUUCACUUUUUCCUGACACCAUUCCUGAGGAUUGCGCUGUCGCUACUCCAUUCAUUCAUCAUACUACAGUACCUAAUGAGGGGGAGACUAGCCACACCAUUGCUGAUAAUCAAAACGUUGCUUCUACAGACGAGACAGUUCCAGACAUGGCCAUACCUACAAGUGUCCAGCGAAAUCACCCUAUAGAGAAUGUGAUUGGUCCUGAACCAGGAUGGGUAGAUGCAAUGCACGAAGAACUGAACCAGUUUGAGAAGCUUGGAGUAUGGAAACUUGUCAAGUUGCCAGCGGGAAAGCGUAAACUUGGAACAAGAUGGAGAUUUCGACAAAUCGAAGGUCUGGAUUAUGAUGAAGUAUAUGCUCCGGUUGCUCGUCUUGAAGCCAUCCGAAUCUUUUUGGCUUACGCGUCAUUCAUGGGGUUCACUGUAUAUCAGAUGGAUGUGAAGACUGCGUUUUUAUACGGAGAUGUGAAAGAAGAAAUCUUUGUUGAGCAGCCACCAGGAUUUGUACAUCCAGACCAUCCAGAGUAUGCCUACAAGCUAGAUAAGGCUUUGUAUGGAUUGCACCAAGCUCCUCGGGCUUGGUAUGCCACCUUAACGAAACAUCUUUUGGCUCAUGGAUAUACGCGUGGCACCAUAGACCAGACUCUGUUUAUCAAGAAAGUAGGAAGGGAUCAAAUCUUAGUUCAGAUCUAUGUCGAUGAUAUUAUUUUCGGGUCUACAAUCAAGCAGAGUUCUCAAGGGAUUCUCAUCCAUCAAAGGAAGUAUGUGGAUGACGUCUUGGCAAAAUUCAAGUUUACGGACGCAAAGUCUGCUGAAACACCAAUGGUAGAGAGGCCACUAUUGACUGAAGAUGAAGAAGGAGAUUCUGUAGAUCAACGUCAAUACAGGUCCAUGAUCGGGUCUUUGAUGUAUCUCACAGCUAGCCGUCCGGAUAUCAUGUUUGCCGUCUGCAAUUGUGCACGCUAUCAGGCUAAUCCUUAA